AUUAAUUCUAGAAUUGAGACGAAUUUGUGAAUGUCAUUAUGUAUCAAUAUUGAUUAAAAGAAGAUGAUUUAUUAAUAUUGGCACAUAAUUUAGAAAAUAUCACCCAUCUUGAGAGAGUUUCGAGUACCCUAAUUUAUAAUGAUGAACAAAAUUUUAUUUAAUUAACUGCCACACUUAGUUAUUGGUAAUUGCUAAAAGUCUUCAUUUUAAAGCGUUUUAAUAUCAUUUUGAAUUGCAACAUCUUUAUUGAAUGAUGAGAUAGUUGUUCUCAAUAUUACUUGAUUCCAUAAAUACUUUUUUUUGUAUUUGGUUAAAAUUUGAUUCGAAUUCCAAAAAGCUGAUAGAGAUUGAAAAAAAAUGAUCAAAAAAUUAAUUUGAAAGAAAUGGCAGACAAGUAUGAAUUGCUUUCAAUUAGUUGUCCUCUAAAUUAUCUAAUAAAUUGCAUGUAGAAAUAGAUUCUUUUCCAAAACUUUACAAAACCAC